UAACGCCAAAGCCCAAAGCUUGGUUUACGCUAAAAAUAAAAAAUCUGCAAAUUUUAGUUCAAAUCGUAAUAAUGUUUGCGAUAUGCAAGUUUUUCUCAUAAUGUGAAAGUGCGUAACAUUUACCUACUCUACAACAUGAGCAAUCCGGGCCGAAAUGCUGCGAAACGCCAAGUGAAGCCGGUAGAGCCGCAGUCCCUAUUGGAUUUUGAUCUUGGAGAGGGAGAGAGCUCAGACGACUCGGACUUCCGCAUAGAAGAUCACCCAGAGGAAAGUGAUGACUACUCCAUAAAUAGCGACGAUGAUGAUAAGAAAGGAGCUGCUAACAGUGGCAGCUCAGAGGAAUCAGGUUCAGAGGCAGAGGAGAAUUAUAAGAAUACAACUGGAAAGUUGGGGGAGGAGAUCUGCAUUACAGAUUUGCUUGAAAAAGCUAAACAACAAGUGUUUAAGUAUCCAGAAUUAGCGAAUGUCCUUAUAUGCGCUGGUUGCUUGGGCUCAAGAAGUGAUGAUUACAAUGAGAUAGUUGAGUGUGAUGGCUGUGGUGUAACAGUUCAUGAGGGAUGCUAUGGCGUGUCCGAUGUGGCAAGUGAAUCGAGCACAAUAAGUUCAGCUUCCACAGAGCCGUGGUUCUGCGAGGCUUGCAAAGCUGGCGUCACGGAUCCUAAUUGUGAAUUGUGCCCCAAUAAAGGUGGUAUAUUCAAGGAGACCGAGGUAGGAGCAUGGGUUCAUCUAGUAUGCGCCCUUUAUGUGCCAGGAGUUGCUUUUUCAGAGGUGGAACGUCUGUCAGGGGUUACGUUAUUCGAGAUGGCAUACUCCCGUUGGGGUGCGCGUUCGUGUGCUUUGUGCAGCGACGCUACAUUGGCCCGUACCGGCGUCUGCGUCGGCUGUGACGCGGGACUUUGCAAGACCUUCUUCCAUGUCACCUGUGGGCAACGUGAAGGUCUUUUAGCUGAAGCUCAUUCGGAGGAGGCGGAACAAGCUGAUCCAUUCUACGCGCACUGUCGCCUGCAUUCAGACAAGGCGUUGGUCAAGAAACGCAAGCGUAACUGGCUGGCGUUGCAGCUAAGGACGGAUAAGAGAAAGUUGGAGCUACAAAACAAAGUUAGUACCGAAGAGAAAAAGAGAAUACAACGUAAGCUGAUCAAAUACAGAAAAAAGUAUUCACUGCAGAAGGAAAACAGAAAUCCACCAUGGGUACCGACGCAGAAGAUGGCGCGUAUGAUAUACAGCAGUGCGUCAGCCAUGCGCAAGUUUCAACGCAAGGCCGUAUGUAUGGGCGUCGAUACACACGCAUUGGAGUUCCAGGACGCACAAAUGGCAGCAUUGAAAGAUGUUUCACGUCGUUGGCACGUACCGCCCGCAUUCUCUGUGGAGUUUGUCGGGUACUACCUCGAGAGGAACACACGUGUCUCCUCCCUGAGGAAAUCUCUAGAAAGACUCACUAAGGAAAAUGAGAAACUGGUUGCUGAUGAUGAGAAAUUGCGAGCUGAUUAUGAUGAGGCAUCAAAAAUAAACACGGAGGGGUUGGAAAAACUCACAGUGAUGCGUCAAGGGCUCCAAAAGAUAUACGAUGCCAUAAUAGCCGUUUCUCCGAAGAAGACCAUCUCGCCUAUUAUGGAGGAUAAACCAUUGUUACCGCCCGCUAUCGCUCGGUCUACCCCCAAAGUGACACCUCAACAGUUGCACAAACGCAGGUCAAUUUCUGUACCCACCGCGGCUGCACUUAAGAUGGGCGUUGGUUUUCCUCUUAGCGACAACCCGGACGCUCGCCAAGGAAAAGUCUUGUCUACUUCAUUGGAAGCCGCGGGCGCGUUGGCGGCGCGCGAAUGUGCAGUGUGCGCGCGCAGCAGUGAACAGCACCUGAUGGCCGCGUGUGACACGUGCCAUCACCACUAUCACUUGCACUGCCUGCGUCCGCCGCUCCAGCGCCCGCCCAAAAAAUGCAAGAUGUACGGAUGGCAAUGUUCUGAAUGUGAUAAAACAUCAGAUUCAGAACCAGAAGUACUCGAAAAGAAAGUGCCUCGACGCUCGCGGAUACGAUACAGCAAGGACGGAGCGAUAAUAUCUGAACCACACAGUCCUGGUUCUUUACCGCUAUCCCCGCCGCCCAAACCUAAACUAGAGAAAUCCCAUAAGAUCGAGAAACCUAAAAGUAACAUUCCCACAGAGAAUAUAUCACCGAUAAAAGUGACUAUAAAGCCAUUCGAAUUCACCGAAGAGAACGAAAGUAUAGAGAUGCUGAAAUUGAAGAAAGAUAAACGGGUAAAAGCUAAGAAAGAAUAUACUUCGACAUCUGGCGGUGAAAGUGAGAUCUCAGCGAAGAAGAUUCACAAGCGUAGCUUCACGUCGCCCAUUUUAACAAAUACCCCGCUUAUGUCAAUAACACCAAUAGUAGCUGACAGUCCGAAUGACUCGCACAACGAACAUUCUAAUGAUUCCGGUAACGUUCCAACGCCUAAAGAUUCCAGUUUGUAUUCGCAAAAUUUAUCUUUCACCGCUCUACUUAAUGAUUCCAAAGAAAGAGAUAGCAAAGCUAUAGAGAGUUCAAUUGAAAACACUCUCGCGAAUUUAUCUUCAGAUAUCGCGAUGUAUAAAGCCAAUAGGAAAAGAAGGAAGGAAAAGCAUAGAUCUAGGUAUUCUCCAGAUUUGUUGCGCACGCCAUCUAAAUCGCACAAACAUAAGAGAAAGAAGAAGACUCAGGACGUGGAGAAUCCCGAUCAACCACACCCUAGGAUUACAAUAAAAAUCAAGCCUAUUCCGAAACCAGACGGAUCUCUGGAUACGCAGAUGUUCUAUGUGCCAACAGACAGCAACGAUGGACCACCUCCUACCGUUAUCAAGAAACAUGCUAAGCACUCUGAAGUCGAAGCUCCGAAGAGUCCACUAGCGCUGCCGCCGCCACUGCCUCUCAACGCACCCGAUCCCUUAGCCACCACACCUGUAAACCGUUCGAGUCGCGCAAGUAAAAGCGCGGGCAGCUCCGAGGCUGCAUCCACGAGCAACCCUGUCACACCUAUGACCCAAUGCGAUGUGUGCGGACAGCCCGGGGAUACUAGCAACCUCGUCAGAUGCGACGAGUGUAGCAAGCGGUACCACUUCACUUGCCUCGAGCCGCCGCUGAAUAAGAAUCCGAAAAAGCGCGGCUACUCAUGGCAUUGUGCCGACUGCGACCCCACUGACGCGGAAGAAAAUAAUAACUGAAACAGUUGGACGUUAUGACUUGGAAGUGUAAUUUAGCGUUUUAGAGUAUUAAGUGUAGUAUAUAAGAAUUAAUAUAAUGUGUUAGAUACUUAGAUUUGGAUCUUAAUAUUUUAAGCUAUUUAAAGUGGAACAUCGGCGUAACAGAAUUAUAUUUAUGCCGAUUGCAUUUGCAGUUGCCCUGUAUGGCUUUGCAGGUAGAUCUUAUCAUAUUUUGCUUAUGCUCAUAAUGACGCGCUACAUAUAGACUGACUACGUGACGCGUCAAUCGGUGUCAGUAUUGACGUGCGUCAAUCCAGCGUCAAGUGGUGACGCGCGUCAAUCCAGCGUCAAGUGGUGACGCGCGUCAAACCGGUGUCAAUUUAUUUCGUGCAAUAUGACUCGUGAAAAAAUAAGUUUAUUUGUUAAUGCAAUUCUAAAUUCCUUCUGCGGCCCGAACCAGCUGGUUGAGGUACUCUAAGGGCUGAGACAUAGAAUUCCUACCCUUAUUAGAAUCUGAAAAUAACCCAGUUAUAAACUUGUUAUCUAUCCGGAAUUUUUCAUGCUUAAUUUAUCAGAUAUUCCAAUGGGUAAUUGUUAUUACAAUGCAUUAUUGUGCUCGUGUAUCAAUGAUACAAUAAAUAUUAUCGAAAUAUU